AUGGAACACUUAGAGAAAGAACGGAAUGAAGAGAUGGCCAAGUUUGAGAAUGAGCUAAAAGUGGGCAAGGUCAAAGUAAAGUUUGGAGACUUUGACGAGGUAAAUGCCAUGGUUGUUACACUUCCACUAUUUUUCGAAGCUCGGCCGGAUCAACCUAAUUUUAUGGACGGGGAUGUGUUCGAUGAGGUUGAGUCCAUGGUCCAAAUGGAAGGGGCCAAAGAAAUUGAGAUGGCCCUAGAAACUCCGAAGGAAGGGAAUGCCCAACCUUGCAUCAUGGUGCCCGAAAAGGAGGAAAAAGUGCCCGAGAAGGUGUGCUAUGACAUGCCCACCAAGAAAAUGUCCUCCCACCUUAAGCCCUUGUAUGUGGGAGCUCAUUUCGAUGGAGUUCCGGUGAGUAAAGUCCUUGUGGAUAUGGGGGCUACGGUCAACAUCCUACCAGCCUCAAUCAUGAGGAAAUUGAAGAAAGGCUCAGAUGAGUUAAUCCCGACCGAGACAACGGUCAGCGGGUUCGUGGGAGACACCACGACUUUCAAAGGGAAUUCUCCCACUCCAAGUUAG